AUGGAUCGGGAAAACGCUCCUCCUCCGAGCAGGAAACUCCGCUAUCUUCCCGAAGAAAUAAUCGAAGAAAUACUGUCAAGACUUGCUGUGAAAUCACUGCUGAGAUUCAGGUGCGUUUCGAAAUCAUGGCGUUGUUUAAUGAGUAGCGAGAGAUUCAUCAGAACCCAACUGGAGAAAUCAAGCAAUGACCCAACUGCCGCCCAUUGGCAAGUUAUGGUCAACUGUGAGUCAAUAAAUUCAGUAUUUGGAUUGAAGCAAUGCUCUGUGCGCUCCUACUUGGAUGACCCCGACGUCGAUCCUUUCCCUAUCGACGGUCCAACCAAUCAUCAUCUGACGACAGAUGCUUAUGUCGUCGGCAACUGCGACGGGCUGAUUUGCAUUCUCAAGAAACCAGGGAGCCUUUUCUUGUGGAACCCAGUCACUAGAAUCUCCAUCGAAUUACCCAAAUUAGACCUUGGAAUUAAAAAAUAUGGGUUCGGCCGCGACGAACAAAGUGGUGCAUAUAAGGUGUUUGUUGUUGGGUCGAGGUAUGAAGAGGAAGAGGAAGAGGAAGAGGAAGAGUAUGAGUAUGAGUAUGAGUAUGAGUAUGAGUAUGAGCCCAUUGGUGCUAAAUCAAUCAAGGGAGGAAUUCUAAACUACCCACCUUUCCUAGAGUGA